CAGCACCACAUAAGAGGGUUAUCUACAGUCAUCGUCCCAAAAAGCACUAUUUUCCAUCUAUGGACCCCUAACCCUAUUCCCAAAGCAUAGUUAAUUACUCAUGGACGUAACAUCACCACCGCCCACCACCACUACAACAACCACCCCCACCACCAGCUCUAUCAAAGCUCUUGAUCAGGAUGCUCGGAUCCAACCAAAUAGUGUCCAAAAACAGCUCCCACCACCGUUUACAAACGGAGUGCUUAAGCGUCAUAAACCUCGGCAUCACCACAACCCGACGCCGGUGGUGGUGACAUACAGAGAAUGUUUGAAGAACCACGCGGCGAGUAUGGGCGGACACGCAGUCGACGGUUGUGGAGAGUUUAUGCCCUCGGCGACGUCAACGCCGACCGACCCGACAUCGUUAAAAUGUGCAGCUUGUGGUUGUCAUCGCAACUUCCAUCGCCGUGACCCGGACGAAUCAUUUCUGAACAGCCCACCUGUUCAACACCUCAUCGAGUACCAACCACACCACCGCCAUCACCCUCCACCACCUCAACCACAACCAAUUUCCCUCGGCGGAGUUAGAGGAAGCAGUUCUAGUCCGGCGGAUUCCCCAUCUCCACCUCCGAUCUCCUCAUCUUACUACCCAUCAGCACCACACAUGCUCCUAGCUCUCAGCGCUGGCUUAUCCGCACAAGCGCCGGAAAACCACCACAACCCCUCAAUUCACUUCACCCCAUCCUCUGCCGGCGGCAGCAUCAUCGGCUCUAACUCAAAUGGGAAAAAACGUUUCCGAACAAAAUUCACUCAAGAUCAGAAAGAAAAGAUGCACGAAUUAGCUGAACGAGUCGGAUGGAAGAUGCAGAAGCGAGACGAAGACUUAAUAAUCGGAUUCUGCAACGAAAUUGGGGUCGAUAAAGGGGUUUUCAAAGUCUGGAUGCAUAACAACAAGAUGACGUUCGGCAUCAAGAAAGAUUCCGGCAACCACAACAACGACAAUGGAUCUCCCGGCGGUGGAAUUGAUUUCUUAACAAAUAGAAAUAACCACCACGAACACCACCAGCCACCACACAACGACAGUAUUAGCAGCGGUGGUAAUGCUAUCGGCACUAAUGGUUCAUCUUCAUCUUCUUAAUCUUAAUUAUGGAUAAUAAGCACGUGUUUAAUUAGAGAUUACCAAGAGAGAGAAAGGCCAACAAAGGGUAAGAGGCUGUUGUUUGUUUUUAAUUAGCUACUUAUAUUAGAAUCUUUUUUGUUAAUUAAUUAAUUAAUCUUUGUUUAAUCCAAAUUAGGAAAGUUGUAUGACUUUGAUCCAAAUAAUACCAUGUUUAGAAAGUACAUUGAAUUAAGGGAAUCACCUUUUCAAUUUGAUAUUCAA